CUAGUGAAAAUGUAGUCAAGGUGGUUGCCGGCUUUGUGAGUAGGAGGGGAGGGACUGAGUGAGGUUAAAGGAAGACAGUAAGAGUAACAGGUCACAUGACUUCUCUGUCUGGAUGUUCAAGUCACCCAGAAGGAUGAGCGGGGGGCCGUGUUCCGAGAAGUUCGACACGAGGACGUCUAGCUCUUCCAAGAAAUCUCGCAAAGAACCAGGGGGACGGUAGAGAACAACAAUGUGUAGUUGAACCGGAUGAGUAACCAUCACAGCAUGGAACUCAAAAGUCAGUGGGAUAAAAAGUGGAAGCGGGUAGAGAGAGAAACACCAUUUGGGUGAGAUGAGUAAACCUGUAGCUCCACCCCGACCAGAGGGUCUGGGUGUGUGGCUGAAGGAGAAGGCAGAGGAGACGUGUGAUCCAGGUCUCAGUGAGAGCCAAGAAGUCAAGUGACUGCUCCAUAACGAAGCCAGAGAUGAAAUGGGCCUUGCGGUUGGCUGACUGACAGUUCCAGAGGCCUCCUGUGACAAGGUGCUGGGUGUGAGUAGAACGGGUAGGAAAGAUGUUUCUUUAUAACUUUAAACUGUCGGAAACAAUUCUGGAGGAAGUAUUCACAUCAUGUACUGAGGUAGAGUUACAGGUACUGUACUGCAGUAUGUAAACACGUUCAUACUUUUUAUUAUGAUACAUCACAAAGGUACAUAUUGUACUUUUUACUGUAGGCUACUACACCUCAGAGGUACAUGGUGUACUUUUCAGAUGACCGUUUUUCUUCCUUUUUCUGUGUCAUGACUUAUUGAUUUCACUUCUGAUUUUAUUUUGUUCAGGUUCUCCCAAAAGAAACCUGUCCUCACUCAUUGAUAAACCUCUUGAAUAUUACAGUUCAAUAUGAGAUUCUUAAGAUGUAUACAUGUAUUGUAUUAUUCUGCACAGACGUCCAGCAGCUGUUGGUGACUAAACCAGAGGUUCCCUCUGAGCAGCAUGACUGGAGCUCCAGUCUGGACCAGGAAGACCCAGAGCCCCCACACAUUAAAGAAGACCAGGAGGACCCAGAGCCCCCACACAUUAAAGAAGACUUGGAGGACCCAGAGCCCCCACACAUUAAAGAAGACCAGGAAGACCCAGAGCCCCCACACAUUAAAGAAGACUUGGAGGACCCAGAGCCCCCACACAUUAAAGAAGACCAGGAGGACCCAGAGCCCCCACACAUUAAAGAGGAACUGGAGGACCAGGAGGACCCAGGGCCCCCACACAUUAAAGAAGACCAGGAGGACCCAGAGCCCCCACACAUUAAAGAAGACUUGGAGGACCCAGAGCCCCCACACAUUAAAGAGGAACUGGAGGACCAGGAGGACCCAGGGCCCCCACACAUUAAAGAAGACCAGGAGGACCCAGAGCCCCCACACAUUAAAGAGGAACUGGAGGACCAGGAGGACCCAGGGCCCCCACAUAUUAAAGAGGAACAGGAGGAACUUGGGAUCAGUCAGGAAGGAGUGCAGCUUCAAGCGCUGGAGGAGGCUGGUAUCAAGUUCCCAUUUGCUCAGUUCUCAAAGUCCACUAAAAAAAAAAAACAUUUGAAAACAGAAAGAGAUGGUGAGGAAGACGGAUCCAGAUCAGAUCCAGAUAGUCCUUUACAACCGACUGCUGAUCAGACUUCCCAAUCCUCUGAAUGUGAGACUGAUAACAGUGAUGAUUGGAAGGAGACUCAGAAACCUCUGUCACAUUUAAACCCUUUGCAAAACAAUGCAGUCCUUGAAAGUGACGUGGACUGUAAUACUGGAAAAACAUCAAUUAGCUCCUCUGGAAGCUUUGGCCACAAGAGACACUCUGGAGUCAAAACAGGAGAGAAACUAUUCAGUUGUUCAGUUUGUGGUAAAACAUUCAGACAAGCGCACAAUCUGAAACGACACUCAACUGUCCACACUGGAGAGAAACUAUUCAGUUGUUCAGUUUGUGGUAAAACAUUCAGACUAGCGAACAGUCUGAAACUACACUCAACUGUCCACACUGGAGAGAAACUAUUCAGUUGUUCAGUUUGUGGUAAAACAUUCAGACUAGCGAACAGUCUGAAACUACACUCAACUGUCCACACUGGAGAGAAACUAUUCAGUUGUUCAAUUUGUGGUAAAACAUUCAGACAAGCGCACAGUCUGAAACUACACUCAACUGUCCACACUGGAGAGAAACUAUUCAGUUGUUCAGUUUGUGGUAAAACAUUCAGACUAGCGCACAAUCUGAAAGAACACUCAACUGUCCACACUGGAGAGAAACUAUUCAGUUGUUCAGUUUGUGGUAAAACAUUCAGACAAGCGCAGAGUCUGAAACUACACUCAACUGUCCACACUGGAGAGAAACUAUUCAGUUGUUCAGUUUGUGGUAAAACAUUCAGACUAGCAAGCAAUCUGAAACUACACUCAACUGUCCACACUGGAAAAACAAAUUAGUGGUACAUUUUUCUUUAAAGAAUUCUCUUCUCUGUGAUUUAAGAAAAUCACUAUUGAUAAGAUCAUCAGAAAUAAAUGAGACAUGGUUAAAUACUUAAAAACCGGAGGGUUGAAUAAAUAAGUUCAUUCAGCUACGUUGUUGUUGUUCAUGAUAAGGUUGAAGAAGUUUUCUCUGCCAGUCUUGACCCAAUAUGAGUGAACACUGAGUGUUUUAUGAGUUCAAAGUCUGUGACAUCACAGUCGAGGGUUACGCAGGUGUGUGUGUCUGUCGAUUAUUUAAAAAAAUUACUGAACUGAA